UCAACGAAUCUCAAAACUAGAAUGUUACUGGGCCGCCUUGUGGGGCGAGUGGCUUAAUUCGCGAUACACGGACAGGGAAACGCAUCGACAACCAGGUGAUUGUUAGCAGUGGUCGCGCUGCUGGGAAGAGAGCCGUACCACGGCACAGACGGGUGUCAAAAAAAGGUGACUGCUUCUCUUUACGAGCAUUUCUGGAUUCUUAACGUUGUUAGAAACCACCGAUAAUUAGACUGAGGAAACAUUUAAAAACCUUGUAUUUGGCAACAAAUGUGUGACGCUGCAUAGAGUUUACAGCGAGAAGAGCGAGAGAGAUUCUCCCCUGCUGGUACAUGGUUGAUUCCAGAUCGCUGAAACCCUGAAUCCGUUUCGGCUACAUUGUUGCCACAUCACUGCCGGGUUAAAGGGUUGCAAGCUGAAGUUUCCCCUUUUGAAGACAUUGUGCCCAGGAAAUUCAUUUUACGGGAUGUAAUUUAAUCCAGUAUUGGCAUGGACAAUCUCUUUCAGUCCGUUCCGUUACUCGGCGGCGGCCGCUUUGUUGAGACGCAAGGGGCGGUGCCUCUGCUCUGCCUCCAUCUCUGCCAGGAGCGCUGAAGACGAGGAGUAUGACGGUGUGAUGAUUUGUUCUCCCUCGGGUUGUGACAUGGCCGAAGUUACGGCGGCAAGAGAAGACCUAUUCUCACAACUUCUCCGGUGUCUCAACGGGCAAGAGAAUUCUCCCGAAUAACGCGGACGACAGCGCAUUCGGCGGCCCCGUUUUAUUUGUCCCUUCGUUGAUUGGAAUGGCAUAAGCUGAUUUGAAUCCUGAAUAUUCCCAACACUCAGAUACCUGGAGGGUUGGAGAGAAAACCAAUUUGUGGAAAUGCGCAAAGCACAGUUUUGGAUUUGCCGGAAUUAGAUUUUAUUUAUUGGGAAUCGCUUGACUGAGAAUAUAAAUAUAUAUUAGGAAGUUAUAAGAAGAGCUGGUUUAUAAUUAAUAUUUUAUUGCAGAGUAUUUAUGUUUAAUUGAAAUAUUCAAAGCCGUGAUGUUCAUAUGGAUGUGAGAGGGCGCCUCCAUAUACCCUGAGAUGGUUCCGGAUAGCGCCCACACUGCGUUUUAUCUGAACUGGGGCCAGGAGAAAAACCAUUCAUCAAACUGAACUGCAAAUAAAACCGAAAGAGGAAUUUGCACGUUGAUUUCCUCCUGACAUUAUUUGAGACUUCUAAAGGAUUAAUUUAUGUUAAUAGAAACUAGUUAACUUUGUAACUAUUAUUGAGAAACAUGAACAAACGGUGAAACAUUGACUAAGGUGGUGACGUUUCAGUUUAAAUUUUAAUAGUUGGCUGUGUAAUCAACUCUAUAGUGGGCACCAGAAUGAAGGAGGUUUGCAGGAUUUGUGCCCGUGAGCUGUAUGGUAACCAACGACGAUGGAUCUUUCACACAGCUUCCAAGCUAAACCUGCAGGUCAUUCUAUCCCAUGUACUGGGCAAAGAGAUAUCCCGAGACGGGAAGCCUGAGUUUGCCUGCAGCAAAUGUGCUUUCAUGUUGGACCGAAUCUACAGAUUUGACACAGUCAUUGCAAGGAUUGAGGCACUCUCCAUUGAGCGUCUACAGAAGCUGCUGGUAGAGAAAGACCGCAUCAAGCACUGCGUUGCCAGCCUUUAUCGUAAAACCAAUGAAGAACCAAGUAUCGACGCCAAAGGAGAGGACAUUGCUGCGGACGUCCCAAACCUACCUGAUGUCCGAUACCAUGCUCUACUGCAGGAUGAUUUCGUCUACUCUGGCUUUGAGUCAUGGACAGAACAUGGGGAGGAAGCUGUAGAUAGUCACAGCUGCCAGACUUCGGAGAGCACAACCUUCAAAUCCCGAAAAUGUCGUAGCUGCUCAGCCUUGCGUGUGACCGAUGCAGACUAUGAGGCAGUUUGUAAGGUCCCUCGGAAGCUGGCAAAGACUUGUGAUCUCUCUGCCAAGUGUGGAAGUGUUACAGUAGGCAGUGUAACUGCUGAGGAAGGACUCUCAAUGCCAGUCAUUCAUGAAACUAUGUCUAUGGGACCAAGUGAAUCUAGGACUUCAAUCUAUGCUGACUCUCUGGACAAAAUAUCACCAGCUUCUUCUGUGGAAUCUCUUGGAACAGCAGUAGAAUCCUGCCCCGCACCCCAUAGCAAUGUGACACAAGGAGAAAAAAGUGUGAAAGAUGACAAAAGUCCUAAAUCAGAUUUUUCUGAUGGUCCAGCACCAAUUCCUGCUAUGCAGCCCCUUAAACUGGACUUGGUACUAAGUUUAGUGAAUAAUGUUGAAUACAGACCAGUGCAAAGUCCAAAAGGCAGCAAGUUACCAAUUCAUGUUAGGGCAACACCAUCGGGCUCUCAAUCAAGCGGUAGUUUGUGCGAAGGGAUGUUCAGAUCUCACCUGCAAAGCAGUAGCUAUGAAUUAAUUAGUAAAUACUUGGAGCCUCCUAGAAUGAACCUGGGCUUCGAUGAUAUGGCAGAUCUUGAGGACCUCCUGCAGGACAUGCUUGAUGAAUAUAUUCCCAUUCGCACACAGAAUCUAAUCGAAGAGCAGCAGCAGCAGUUGAACCAGUAUGAGUCAGCGGCUGGUCAGUGUGUCGCCGAAUUACAGAAAGCUCAGGUCCAAAUAUGUGGGUUGCAGGACAGAAUUCAAGAGUCAGAAUCUGCUAAUAAGAUGCUACAGGCGAGUUUAAAUGAAAUGGAAAGUGAAUUGAAGGCAAUGCGUAAUGCAGCACAGAAGCAAGAACAUGCUCAGCUGGGGCUGAAUGAGGCUUUGAAAAACAAAGACAAGGAGAUUGAAGAGCUUAAUCAUGCAAUUGAUGGCCAGAAUGAGACACAGGCCAAGCUAAGGGAGAUGCUUCACAGAAGUCAACUUGAAAAUCUGAAGCGUUGCUCAUCCUGUCAGAGCAUGGAUGGACAGUUGACAUCAUCACACACUCAGCAGGCUGAAUUGCUGGAAAUGCAAAGUACCUCCUUUUCGAAUCAGCUGGAACUACAGCGAAACACGAGGCUAAUACGUCAGAAAGAGUAUGAAUUGGCUGACGUCGAGUGGAGGAAAGAACUGAUGGAAACUGAACUACAGGAACUGCAUCAGCAGAAGGAGGAUGCCAUCAAGCACAAUAAAGAGCUGUGCAGCACGCUGCAGCAGGCCCGACAGGAGCUGCUAGAGAAGGACCAGGGCUAUCGAGCCUUGGAGGGAGAUCAUCAGCAUGAAAUCCACAUCCAAGAGGCAAACAUCCUAUGUCUGAAGGAGAGGUUGCGUGAUAAAGAGCACUUCCUGCAGCAAUAUAUUGAACUAUUUGAAUGCCAGCAGAAUGAGGAGCAAAGUGGACAAGAAAAAGACGUACUGGUAGAUAAACUCUGGGAGUAUAUCAAAGAGAGAGAUAAAGCUUCAGAGCGAGCCAUUGAAGAGAAAUUUCAUUCCUUGGAGGAAAAGGAGAGUGAAAUCCAACAGCUGAAUCUAACAAUACGUGAAAAAGAAAGGGAUCUAGAGCGAUUCCGUCACAUCUUCUCCAGUAAUGAAGAAACUAUCAAUAGUCUGGAUAGCCUUGUGAAAGAGAAAGACUUAGAGUUGGAGCAACUAGGUACAGCAUACAAAAGCCUGCAAUGGCAAAAGCAGGAGGUAGAAGAAAAGCUUGGCUUUUCCCUGAAAGAAAAAGAUGCCAUCAACAACCAGCUCCAGAGAGCACUGCAGGAUCACAAUAAGGAGUUAGAGGUCCUGACUGCAACGUUGAUGAACAAGGUUUGCUCUGGACCCAGUGAGGUAAUGGAGCAGCUAAGGCUGCAACUGCAGCUGAAGGAGCAAAUGCUGCAGGAGGUGUUCGCUGACAGAAGCAAGCUGGCGUCUGAUCACGAGCAAGAAGUAACACAGUUGCUGCAGUCUAUCAGCUCUCGCGAACAGCAAAUGAAGGGUGUAGCAGAGAGGUUAACUCGUGCUGUUGCAGAGAAAAAGCAUGAACUUCAAGCACUGCGUCAGCAAUUGGUGGAGAAGGAUCGGGAAAUAGCAAAUUUCAUCAAGCAGAAUACUUCAGCAACAGAGCUGCCAAUGGAAAUAGCCCACCUCAAAGAACAACUUAUGGAAAAGAAUCGGCUAAUUGAAGAGUUGGUGCAGGAUGGUCACAGCAAGAAUGAGCACUCGCCCCAGUCUGAGAAGAUGGAAGCUUCGGAAUCCAUUGACACCCAACAGAAUACAAAUGAAAGGGAAGGUUUGCAGGCAGCCUUGGAUGGAGAUGAAGCAAUGGUUGAGUCAGACUAUGAAGACAGCGUGCAGACUGAGUUAGAUCUGAUGAAAGAGGAACUUCAGCUUGCCUUAAGAAAAGAGGAAGAGAGCAGGUCUGCCCUCUUUGACCAGCAACAAGAGCUCCAAUGUCAGGCAGUGGAGAUUGAAACACUCUCAAACAACAUUCGUGACAAGGAAGAACACAUUACGGCUCUGCAGAGGCAGCUGGAACAGCCAAGGGAGUCUCCAGAGGUGGAAAAGCUUACACAAGAGCUCCUGAAAUUGAAGGAGCAAAUGGCAACCAUGGAAUUAUCUGCACAGAAAAGUGUAGGGAAAAAGUAUGAUCAGCUGAUCUGUGCUCUUGAAGAACAGUUGUUGGAGCAGUCUCGCCUAAGCGAAGCACUUCAAGCUGAAAGGCAACUCUAUAUCAGUCUCGUUAAAUUCCAUAAUCAAACUGACAGCACCAGCAGAGAAAAGAUGCUCCAGACUGAACUUCUGGCUGUACAGGCACUCCGUGGACAUCUGGAAGAGGCCCUCAGGAGAACCCAGGAGCAGAUUGGCAGGCUGGAGAAGGAGCCUGAGAUGUCAGCAGAUUCUGGAGAAUACCAUAGCGAGAGAGUUGAGGAUGAUGAGAGCACUCGGUUUAAAGAUUCAUUGAAUGAGCAUCCAACAGAUGUGGAGCACACCCAGCAGUCUUUACAGAAAAGCUCAAAUGAUUCUGGAUUUAAAAGUUGUAUUGAAACUGACAGCAGCAUCUUGGUUCACAAUUCACUGGCCACAAGAACAAAGGCGCUGGGCAAUUUCCAGCACAUGAAACUUGAAAUGCAGAGAUCAAGCGAGGAAAAUAAGUUGAUGGAAAAUGAACUGAUGGAGCUGAGGACACAGACUGAGACAUCAGUACCUCAAAUGGACCCAUUACAAAAUCAGAUUUCGGCGAAGGCUGAGCAGAAGAGGAUUGUGGAAGAGGGUCUGACGGGCCCAGGGUGGAACGCAGAAGCAAAGAAGGUCAGCCUUGAUGUUUGGGACCUUAGGGAGGAGAUUAUAAAAUUAACUGUGAAAUUACAGAACUCAGAAACCAUCAUCAGCCUCCUGAAGGAACAGCUGGAGCUCAACUCUUCCCAGACCGGAGAAAAACGUUUCAAUCCAGAGCUCAUUGUAAAUAUGGCCAAAGAAAUUGAGCGACUAAAAUCGGAGCUUAGCCUGACUCAGGUGCAAUACUCGAAAGCGGACAUGCAACAAUGUGACAGAAGGACUAAGCAGGCCAGACCCCAUUCACUGGACCUUGGAAUUCUCUUAUCACAGAGUAAUAAUGAGGCCCUGUAUUUGACUGAUGUUGUUCAACAGGUUGCAAGUGUCAGCCCAUGGCAUCAUGGGCAAUUUGGACAACAAUCCAAACAGUUUCAGAGCGAGCUAGCUGAGUACAGACAACAGAAUAAGGAAUUACAAGAGAAGCUUGUAGUGACCGAGGCCACUGUAAAGGCCCAGGACAACCAGUUGCAGCAGUACAAAGACCUACUCACGGAAUCAGCAGUGGAGCAGGACAAUAAACAGGUGCAAGUGGACUUGCAAGACCUUGGUUACGAAACUUGUGGAAGAAGUGAAAAUGAAGCUGAAAGAGAAGAAGCCAGUAGCCCAGAAUAUGGUGAAGUUGAUUUACAAGAACACUUAUACCCAUCCUCUAUGAAGAAAAUGACCCAGCAACACUUUACCCAAGGGGAACCACGCUUCUCAGCCUCCCAUCCUGGCUUUUCACUUCCACUUUCAAUCAAGUCUUGCCUGAGGAAGGACCUUACUUUUGAAAAUGAUGGGAAACCUGAUGAAAUUGCCACCCUCCAUCAGCAUAUCAAUGACCUCAAAGCACAACUGAUUAAAUCCGACAAGGUCAUCCGCAGCCUGCAGUCUCGGAUCCGCUCCUUCUCGAUGACUAGUGAUUAUGCCUCCAGCCUGGAGAAAGCGCAGACCCAAGGUGAUAUAUUUGAAGCAUUGCAGCUCGAUGAGCUGGAAGAUGAUGAAGAUACUUGGCAGUCUGAUGGAGGUGACCAGCACCCACCAAUGACAGAGUCCAACAUGGAAAUAAAGAAGCUCAUUCACAGGGUUACCACUCUAGAGUCACAGCUAAAGCAUGCAAAAAUGGAAAGUACAUCAGAUAAAAUUGCUUCCUGGUCAGGGAAAUACAACUGUUUGAUCCAGAUCCAAGCUCGAGAGCUCUCCCACCUCCGUCAGAAGAUGCGUGAGGGCAGAGGUGUCUGCCACAUUCUGAAACAACACCUAGGUGAUACCACCAAGUCCUUUGAGGAGUUGCUAAGAGCAAAUGAUAUUGAUUACUAUAUGGGACAGAGCUUCCGAGAUCAGUUAGCACAAGGAAACCAACUGGCAGAGAGGAUCACUCAUAAGCUGGCUGGUAGAGUCCCUUUGGAUAGCAGUAACAAAAGUGACCAGGAGCUAUUUAUUGCCAGAUUGAACAAAGAGCUUGAGCAGAAAAACAAGCUCAUUGAAUCCCUAAGCUGCAAACUGCAGAGCCGGGCACACACUCCAUCCAACAGCCAGAUUCUGUCAGACUCUGAACAGUCUGACAGAGCAUCAUUUAUAUCAGAUGAGCAAGAGUCAACCAAUGAUGACCUGGAUGCUUACCAUUAUGAAGUUGACUUGAGUAGUGAGUACUCACAUGAUGACCAGCAGAGCACAGAGCUGGAAGCACAUGCUGUUGCAGAUGAUCAAAAUCAUAGUGAACACCCAUCCCAACAUUCAUCUCUUGCAUCUGCUUCUUCAUGUGAAAAUCGACCAAAGGACAGUGCCAGCAUCUCACCCUCACAGCAACCCUGUGACACUGUUAAAUCACAAAAAGGUUUGUAUUCCAGCAGUGUGCCAACAAGCCUUAAUGCCUGUCAGGCUUCAUAUUGUGCUGGCUUCCCUUCUCAGUUUGGAAGCAUGCCCUUUGGGCCAGCUUACCUGACACCAUCACCAUUUUCUCUGGCCGAGGUCCAACAAGAGCUUCACAUGUUACAAAGACAGCUGGGAGAAAACAUGACCUUUUCUGGAUCUAGCCCUGAUAUGUCUUCACGUGUAGAACUAGGCGGCUCUUCAUCACAAUCACAGAAUGCACUUCGGCGGCAGCUGAGUGGUGCCAACAAUCUGCAGACCCUGAUGGCCUCCAGUGGUGCCAGCACUGCACUCUGGGGUGCAACUGAUCAACCGGUGAGAAUUAAUACACUUGGAGAUGUCUCCUCUGGAUCAUCAGGAUACCAGUCAGGGACAAAUAUGGCCGGUGCAGAGUUAUUGGAAGAACACUUCCGUGAAAUUCGUGUGAUGCGUCAGCGUCUAGAGGAAUCUAUCCACACAAAUGAUCGACUCAGGGAGCAGCUUGAAAUGCGCCUGGCUACUGCAGCCAAAGAAAACACUGUUGCACCCACUAACAUCUACAUCCAAGGACUAGAAAUAAUGACUCAGUUGUCGGAUGAAAACCGAAUGUUGAGGGAUGAGAUCCAAACUCUCCAGUGCCAGCUUACUCAAGUUUCGAAAGAACAGGCUAAAGAAGUGGAACAAAUGAAGGAGACCCUUUUAACAACCAGGGCCAGAUACAAACUCUUGGAGACAGAGCUGCAUCACUGGAGGGAAGAAAACAAGAGGCUGCAAAUAGAAGUCAGGGUUAGCCAGCAGAAAGCACAACAACUAAGAGAGGAGCAACAAUGCAGCCAAACCAAAACUAAUAGGCUGUUCCAAGAGAUGACCACGCUCCAACAGCAGCUCAAAGAAAGCCACCAGCUGACUCAUUCCCUGGAAUCAGAGAUUAAAGUAUAUGAAAGGAUGUAUGGAAGAAAGAAAAGUUUCUCUGUUUAUCCUGGAGGUGUUCAACAUCAUGCUGGUGGGCAUCAAGCCUUUGACAUCAGCGACUUCCUGAUGGAAAUCAGAAGCCUUCGGAUUCAGCUGGAGCACAGUAUUCACACCAAUGGCUGCCUGCAGAAGCAGCUGAAGGAUCAAAUGGAUGAACAUCGGCCAGCCAGCCUCAAUAUCAAUCACUUGACUUCAUCAGCCAAUGAACAUAUGAUCAAUAAACAGCUAUUCCAGGAUUGCGUGCCCUCACCACCUGUUCGAGACACUGGUAUGUUUUCAUCUUUUCAAACGCAGUCUAAGGCAGUUUCCUCUGUGGUAGAUCUUAAUGUAGAAGAUACAUCACAGCAGAAUGAUGCUUAUCUCAGUGAUUCCUUGAGCCACAUCUCCUGUUCCUUAAUAGAUGAUGAGCUUCCUCAUGGUUCCUUUGCCAAGAAAAAUGGAUCUCAUGUGAUUGGGCACAUUGAUGACUACAAUGCCCUCCAGCAACAGAUUACGGAGGGCAGAAUGCUGGUUCAAAGAAUGGAGUCUAUUGUCCAAUCCUGUGUCAAUGCUGCUUUUUUGGAAAUUGAUGGAUUCAAGCAUUUGGACCAUGAGACAGUCAAGCAGCUCUUCUCCAAUACCAAUACACUGCAUCAGAUCUUGAAUGAAACUUGUUCAUUGCUAAAAAUGUUUUGGAGAACUACUCUGCCAAAUCCAGACAGUGAUGUACAAAAUCAAAAGGAUCAGGAAGAGAUUUGCAGACUGAGGAAUAAAAUAACAGAGCAAGAAAACCUAUUGCAGAAUGCAAUCAGUCGCCUAAAGGCUACUAACCAAGUGAAAGAAGGAAUGGAACAGUUCAUUGUCAGCCAACUUACAAGGACACAUGAUGUUUUGAAAAAAGCAAGAAGUAAUUUGGAGCAGAAAUCUCAAAACUGGGUUACAUCCAUCCCAGAGGCUGGAACUUCAUGAAUCCAAUUUAUCCUGAAGCUAAAGCAAGAAGCGUGGAUCAAAAUUCACUGCCUGGAAAGAUUACAAGAAAUGGUCCCAACCUGGCUCCAGUAGGAAUCAUUGCAAAUUACUGAAACAGUACUUUUCUUUCCACCUCAAAAACAAAACUAAACAAUAUUUGAAUUUUGUUCUACAAAAAUAAUUUAGGACAACAUUUGAAAACAAAUUUCACCUUUGUAUCCAGAGGAAACUCUUCUGCGUAACCCAAAUCUGAUGAUCCUAUAUAAAACACUGAAUGUUGACAGAAUUUUUGUUUUAUGUAUAAAUCUGAAGCAGGAAAUCUUAUUUUGGGUCAAAUAUAUUUACCAAAAGAUGCUAAUGUUUUUGGCCCUAGCAAUUGUAUAGACUUGUUUAAGAUGCAUAUUAAACUGCAUCUGGAUGCAGUUUAAUCUGGAUGCUUUCAAGAAGGAGCUGGAUAGAUAUCUGAUGGAUAGGGGAAUCAAGGGAUAUGGGGACAAGGCAGGGACUGGGUAUUGAUAGUGAAUGAUCAGCCAUGAUCUCAGAAUGGCGGUGCAGACUCGAGGGGCCGAAUGGUCUACUUCUGCACCUAUUGUCUAUUGUCUAUAAAGUGCUCAGUGUGAGGGAUUGCAUGUUGUAUUUAAUCAUGCUGUCUCCACACCCAAGAAAAAAACUCUUUAAAUGUCAAGAGCUACAAUGAGUUGGUAUAUAAGAAUAUAAAUAUGUUUAUGACGAAGAAAACUCAAACACCACUUACAGAAAUGUUUUGAGUCCAAUGAUAGCUUUGGUGAACAGUGUCCUGCUAUUUAAAUUGUGCAAUUUAUAACAGAAAGAUGUAUCCUGGCCAUAACUGGAAAAAAUAGAGCCUUAUAACAUUUAGGGCAGAUUAGAAUGUUCACAAAGCAAAGACAGAUAAUGGGUAAGUGCAAUAAAUUUGCCAUUGAGGCCAAAGCUGUAUCAUUAGUUUUGCUGAACACUGGAAUAAGAUGAAAAUCAGACUUAUAAAUCUCAAAACACAUUGUCUAGCAUCAUGACAUUAUUUCAGAGUUUUAUUCAAAAUUGCAAUAUGGUGGGUAAGAGUACGGUACAGAGUUAAGACAAUGCUGGUGACUCUGUAUUUAUUAUUGUACACUUAUUAGAAAUAGUGGGUAAGUUUAGUAGCACUAGCAUUGUUUUUGUCUGAGCUGUGUAUAUAGCAUGAUGGCAAAUGUAUAAUGUAACUGAGUUGCAUUUUGUAUAAAAUUGUUGCUGCUGCCUGUUACAUAUACAUAUAGAGCAAGUACAUGCAAAUAAGGAUGUUCCCCGGUGAACUCAAGAAUUUUCCCUAUUGGCAUUCUUAAUUGAAAACUGUUCACUGAUUCAGGUUCUUAUAUUUGUCAUAAUUGAUUUAAUGAGAACUCAGAUUUUCUCCAUUAACAUUAAUAAUUGAAAUUGUUCACUGAAUCAAGUUCUUACAACAGUCAUAAUUGACUUCAUGAGAACUCAGAUUUAUAAUAUAUUACCAAAGCUUUGAGUGGCAUUUGCUUUUCAUUAGUUUUGCAAUGGUCAGUACACAAUACAGAAACUUUAAAAAGCCAAGGAUUAAAAAAGUGACAGUGACCUUGUAUUCAGUAAUUUCACUUGGUAAAGGAUAGGAAUUCUUCUUAUGAUUUGAAAAGAAAGAUAAUUGCUGAUCCCUGAUGUUUGGUACAAACUAGAGAAUUCCUGUGUUGAAGCAUGUUUUGUAGCCUUUAACACAGAGGUCACUAAAAACCAUGAUACAGCAGGUAUCUUUAUGGCAUUGUUGUACACUGUAUAAAGCGUAUAUACUGAUAAAUAUUUAGUGUUUGUCCUACAGGUGUACAUAUUCUCCCUAGUGUAUAUAUAUAUUCCAUUCUAUGUUGGAUUAUUGCAUGCAUGUAUGGUUCAAUCCUGGGAAGUAAAGAUUACGAUUCUUGGAUUGUCUUAAAACAGCUAUUCUGCAAAAACAUGGAGUUGUUUAACAUUUGAAAGAAGAGUUUGCUUUCUUUGUCCAAAAAAUAAAAAUAAAAGACAUGAAAUACUCA